AUGACCGUCUCAAUUCCCAAGACCAUGCGUGCUUUGCAGUACUCAAAGCCCAAGGAGCACAAGAUUGUUGAGGUUCCUGUGCCUGAGCUGCGUGAGAAUGAUGUCCUGAUCAAGGUCAAGGCCUGCGGUGUUUGUGGUACUGAUCUGCACAUCCACGAAGGUGAAUUCAUUGCAAAGUUCCCUCUCAUCCCCGGCCACGAGACCGUCGGUGUAGUCGCCGCCAUAGGGUCCAAGGUCAAGGACUUCCAGAUCGGCGAGCGAGUCGUCGCUGAUAACUCCGAGCUGUGCGGGACCUGCUUCUACUGCCGCCGAGGCGACGAGCUGUUCUGUGAGCACUUCGAGGCCCACGGUGUCACGAUGAAUGGCGGUUUCGCUGAGUACUGCGCCUAUCCCGCCGGCCGAGUCUUUAAGAUCAAGAACCUUUCCGACGUGGACGCAACCCUCCUCGAGCCCGCUUCCUGUGCCGCCCACGGUCUAGACAAGAUCGCCCCCAAGAUGGGCUCGUCCGUGCUGAUCUUCGGUGCUGGUCCCACUGGCCUGGUGUUGGCCCAGAUGCUCCGCCAGAAUGGUGGUUGCAAUGUUGUCGUCGUUGCUCCCCAGGGUCUGAAGAUGGAGUUGGCGAAGAAGCUCGGUGCCGGUGAUAAGUAUGUUGAGCUGUCGCGCGAGAAGCCGCAGGCUCAGUUUGACGCACUCAAGGCUGAGAACCCCUAUGGAUUUGAUAUCGUCGUUGAGGCGACUGGUAGCCAGAAGAUCCUUGAGGACUCGAUCCACUAUGUUCGUCGGGGUGGUAAACUUGUUGUGUACGGCGUGUACUCGAAUGAGACUCGGGUUUCGUGGCCACCAGCUAAGAUCUUCGGUGAUGAGAUUACUAUUCUCGGCAGCUUCUCUGAAACAUACAAGUUCCCUGCUGCUGUUGAUUACCUUGACUCCGGCAAGGUCAAAGUCGAGGGAAUUGUCAAUAAGGUGUACAGGAUUGAGCAAUGGGAGGAAUGCCUUGAGGCGAUGCGCAACAAGUCUGCCAUUAAGGCUGCCAUUGUGUUCGAUUAG